AUGCGAGGCGAGAUCUGCCAUCUUCACAUCGGCCAGGCUGGUACCCAGCUUGGUAACAGUGCUUGGGAGCUGUAUCUCCUUGAGCACGGUCUGGGCCCGGAUGGCCGUUUGGAUCCCGAGAAGGGCGAGGAAAUCAACCAGGGUGGCUCGUUCGAAACCUUCUUUUCCGAGGCGGGCAACGGCAAAUAUGUGCCCCGCUCCAUCUUCGUUGAUUUGGACCCGUCGCCUAUUGAUGAGAUCCGUACCGGAAGCUACCGCCAGCUUUUCCACCCUGAGUUGCUGAUCAGCGGCAAGGAAGAUGCUGCUAACAACUAUGCUCGUGGCCACUACACAAUCGGGAAGGAACUCGUUGAAAACGUUGUCGACCGUAUUCGUCGUGUCGUUGAUAACUGCAACUCCCUCCAGGGCUUCUUGAUUUUCCACUCCUUCGGUGGCGGUACCGGCUCUGGUUUCGGCGCUCUUUUACUAGAGCGUCUUUCGACCGAAUAUGGAAAGAAGUCCAAGCUUGAAUUCUCGGUUUACCCUUCGCCUCGCGUGUCUACCGCUGUCGUGGAGCCCUACAACGCCGUCCUGUCAACCCACAGCACCAUCGAGAAUUCGGACUGCACGUUCUUGGUUGAUAACGAGGCUGUGUACGAUAUCUGCCGCCGUAACCUGGACAUCCCCCGCCCUGGAUACGAACACCUAAACCGCCUUAUCGCUCAGGUUGUCAGCUCGAUCACCUCUAGUCUUCGUUUUGAUGGUGCCCUCAAUGUGGAUCUUAAUGAGUUCCAGACCAACCUGGUGCCAUUCCCACGUAUACACUACCCUCUGAUCUCGUAUGCGCCAGUGGUCUCGAGCAACCGCAGUUCCCAUGAAAGCUUCAAGGUCCACGAUCUGACUCUCUCAUGCGCCGAACCCAACAAUCAAAUGGUUGUAUGCGACCCUCGUAACGGCAAAUACAUGGCUGUGGCACUUUUGUACCGUGGUGACUGUGUACCUCGUGACUGCACCCAGGCCAUCGCGUCGCUCAAGGCGAAGGCUUCCUUCAACCUCGUGGAAUGGUGUCCUACUGGUUUCAAGCUGGGUAUCAACUACCAGAAACCCGCUCGUGUUCCCGGAAGCGAACUCGCACCUGUCGACCGCUCAGUUAGCAUGCUCUCCAACACAACCGCCAUUGCUGAAGCAUGGAGCCGCCUCGACCACAAGUUUGACCUCAUGUACUCCAAGCGUGCGUUCGUGCACUGGUAUGUCGGUGAAGGUAUGGAGGAGGGUGAAUUUUCAGAGGCUCGCGAGGACUUGGCUGCUCUGGAGAAGGAUUACGAGGAAGUUGCCGGCGACAGCUAUGAUGCAGAGGCCGGGGAAGAGUACUAA